GGCCCUGACCCCGCCCCGGGCAGCCGCACCCCUGGACGCUCUCGGGGAGCAGGCGGCGGCGGGCCACCGAGGGCCAUGGCGGCGGCGGCGGCGGCGGCAUCCCCGGUGUGCGGCUCGCUAGCGUCCCAGGCGGGAGCCUCGUCCCCGCCCGCGCCAGCACCGGCUGCGGCGACCGGCCUGGGCCGCUGCCGCAUGGCGCUAUUGCUGGCCGUGGCCUUGGACGUGGCGGGCAUGGCGGCGCUGCUGACCGGCGUGUUCGCGCAGCUGCAGGUGCGCGGCCGAGACUUCGGGGACCUGCUCAUCUACUCCGGGGCGCUGCUGGUCUUCCUGAGCCUGCUGGGCUGGAUCCUCUGGUACACCGGCAACAUCGAGAUCUCGCGCCAGGAGCUCGAGCGCGACUACGGCCUGCGGCCCUCGGCGAUCGCCCGCCUUGCGCGCAAGCUGUCCCGCCGCUGGUCGGCGCCCGCCACCGCGGGUCCCCGGGCGACGUCGGGUCUCCGCUCAGCGCGCAGAGCGGCCCGCGCGCCCCAGCCGCCGUCCGCCUCCGGCUCCCGCCGCGUGCGUCUGCAGCUCGCCACGCUUGAGGCGGGGCCUGGAGCGGCGGGCGCGGGCAGCGAGUGAGCCCCAGAUAGCCUCAUCCUCGGUACCUGACUGAGACGUGCAGCCAGCCGCCCGGUACAUCACCCAGCCUCCAGGAUA